GUCGCUGCAAGAUGUCCGCCGGCGCUGCGGCCCGGCCUGGGAGAGCGGGGCCGUAGAGGCGGGUCAGUGAAGCCCACACGUUCAGCAAAUGUUUUCUUUCUCGUUGUACCCAAGCUCCACUGGUCUCUGCUGCCUCCCAAACCUCCAUGGAUUCCUAUGUAAAACUUGCCUCCCUCAGCCAAGGAAGGGACAAGAUUUUCAGAACUACUCAGUAUGCAUGCAUAUUACUUAAUUGUCUCAUUCACAAGCAUGGCAGCAACAAGGAGCUGGCUGCCAAACUUAAACAUCUGGAGUCUAACUUGAGUUCAGGACGCAAGUUAUUUAGGUUGGGUAACACAGUGGAUGCAGUCCAGACAGCCAGAAGGAACGUUCAGAUUUCAGACCCCGUGCUACGGUUUUGUCUCACUGCCAUCUCCCUCAGUCGGGCUCUGUACUACAUCUGUGAUAAUAUUCUCUGGUCCGGCGCAGUGGGACUUGGUGAUAUUGAUAAGGAGAAGUGGAGCAAGCGAUGCAACCAUUACUAUUUUUUCUCACUAGUUGUCAGCCUCGGUAGAGAUGUCUAUGAGGUUGUCCAGCUCAUGAAAGAAGAAGUGCUUGUCCAAAAGAGGCAAGCGAGCAAAUCCAUAAACAACCUGGAAAACAAUCGUGCGCAGAGAGAGUUUGACUGGAUAGCAAGGAUCAAGUCCAAAGCUUUCCUCGUGCUGCUUUUCCAAAUCGUUGGGAACAAUCCUCCUGUAUUGCUUGACAUUGUUAAAAAUCUCUGCGACCUCACCCUCCCGCUAGACAAAAUGGGCAUCUGCAAAACCAAUUCUGGUGUGGUUGGCUUCUGUGGGCUCCUGUCCUCAAUCCUCUCAAUUCUAGCUUUGAUGCACCCAGCACUGAAGUUGAAAGCAUGAAUAAACCCUGCUCUCCCAGAAGAAUAAGAAUUUUCUUAUUUCUCUGACAGAAACAUCAACAUGUGUGUGAAAUGGAAAUAGUGUUUUCAAUAUGUUUUCUGAAAAAAUUAUAAGCUACAUUGGUGGAUUAAAAUUUUGCUCAGUGCAACUUUGAUUCUCUAAAUCUCUGAGCAAUGAUCUCCAAUGUGUGCUAUCGCAGUGAACCUGAAGCCUUAUUGAUCAAAAUCUCGCAUCCUCCUGUCAUGGGCAAAUAAAUCAAUUAUAAGUUAAUGUGAAGCCAGGCUCAGAUUUGCAAAAUUCCAUUUGGGUACAAAGGCAGACUGGAAGUGCACCAAUUUAGUUUUGCAACUUUACCAGGGUACUGAUCCUCUAAUUCAUGUCUGUUUGUCUGAUCUCGCACUUCUAUGCUGUUCUACGUUUUUAUUAAUCUCUCACCUAGGCAAGGUAAAUAUAAAGAAAUUUGACAUUUACAUUUGCUGGAUAUUAAUAACAAGGCUUCGGUCUUGAGAUUGAGGUGCUUGAACUCUGGAAUUAUUAAAUGCUAAUGCAAAAGGUGUUAUCACGAUCAAGAUUGCAGUAUGUUCACGAAGUAGCUGUGGAUACUGGUAUUAACUGAAGAUGGACACAGAGCUGGAGUAACGCAGUCUGAAGAAGGGUCUCGACCUAAAACGUCACCUGUUCUUUCUCUCCAGAGAUGCUGCCUGUCCCACUGAGUUACUCCAGCUUUUUGUGUCUAUCUUCAAGAUUGCAGUGCAUGGCAAGGUAUUAGGGAUAGGUGUCUGAAACUGGGUGUUAACACCUUCAGUUUUGUGCUUGUAGUCAGUAAUAGAAGAGGAUUGCCCCCUUGUGUGAUGUGAUAUCUGGUUCAAUCCAUCUGAGAAACCAAUUUUAUUCAGCAAACCUCCCCAACAAUUCCAUACAGAGAUAUUUCUAAAGUUUUACAUUUGCAAAGAACUUUCCGAACUUCUUAAUACCUUUGUGCCCUACUUCAUUCUUUGCUUUGGUAUGGAGCUAUUUCUUGUUCUUUAUUAUCUUACUGUUCAAGGUUUAUUCUUUAAAUAUUCCUGUUUUUGCCUAAAAAGCUUGUUUUUUUUACAAGGUCAAAUCUGAAAUUUCGUUAAUUUACAUUAAAGCAUUGUAUAACUUUAGCAAAUGUGCCUGAAGGAGAAAGCUUAUUUUUUGCAAUACCCAAAUUAUCAAAUAUGAUGGGAAAUAUGGUGGCAUAGCACUAGAAUUACUGCCUUGAAGUGCCAGAGACCCGGGUUCGAUCCUGACUGGGUGCUUGUCUGUACAGAGUCCAAAGAUGAACCGGUUUGUAAGUUAGUUGGCUUGGUAUAAAUGUAAAAUUGUCCUUAGUGUGUGUGUGUGGAGUAGUGUUAACGUGCGGGGAUUGCUGGUCGGUGCAGACUCGGUGAGCCGAAGGGCUUGUUUUCGUGCUGUAUCUCUGAACUAAAACUAAACUAAAUAGUCAUCUAAAACGGUUUGGGGUCUGUUGAGAGAAUUAGUCACUUGUGUGACUGAAUUAUUGCAAGCUUGUGUUCCCCUCAAUUUCAAAAACAUGAAAUCCCUAAUCCCAUGCCAUAUAUUUCAAUCUGGGUUGUGACAGCUUGUGCAGAAGCAUUUCAUAGUUCUAGACCUCUUAAUAUUUUCCCCUCACAUUUUCUCUGUUAUAUUCCUUGUGGAGGUGAUUAUGGAAGAAUUUCUGUUGCACUUGUCUGCUGAAGAGCUGGGUCUAUAAUUUUUGUGUUCUUGUGGGGAAAGUGCCUUACUAUGACUUGCCUGCAAAUGAUCCAACUACAGGAGAAAUAACUGUGUUUAAUACAUUGGUGACGAGUGGCUGGAUAAUGUUUUUUUUUUUUGAGCUUUUCUCAUGACUUGAAUUUGCAAACCUUUAGUGAAAAUGUAGAAAUAUUUGGGAGUUCCACUUUUUGAUAUGGGGCUGUCUUGUAUGAGGAAAUGCGUCUGAGUUUGGAAUAUUUAUAAGCUCUUAUCAGAAACCUAUUUGUUUACUGAAACCCUAUGCAAUAAAAAAAAAACAUGUGUAAUAUUAAAUUAAAGGUUCCAACAGAAUGUUAACAUUUUUUAGUUGGGAACUUUACUUGAACAUGGUGUAGCUUGCGAAGGGAAAGUGUUAAAACAUAAAGACUAACUAUGCAACCCACAUUCUGGUGUAGCAAGAUGUGAUAUCAAGUUUUUGAUGCAAUAGCAAUGUUAAUUUCUGUAUCCUAAAUUAGGAAGAAACUAAUUUUCAUUGAUUGCUGCAAACCAAUGCUGCUAUAUUUGCUGAAUAGUUCUACUGUUCUGUUUGUGCUCUAAUAAAUUAUUUGUCACAACAUUUGUUUGACUUAUUUUUAUUUUAAAUGCAGUCACUCUUAAUGUCG